AGCCACUAGCAAGGUCUUAAGUCAACGUCAACGUUAAAGUCAACCAAUGAAGAACGACUAAACAAUCUAUAGAUCUGUGAUCUCCCUUAUUCUUUGGUAAGAAGAUAAUAACUGCUAAAGGAGAUGAAGAUCGAGGAGGAUCUAGGUUACAUCAACGUACUCAAACGAGCAACAAAGCUUCUAUGGGGUAACAUCAAUCUCGUUCUCUUCCUCUGCCUUUGCUCUCUCCCUCUCUUUUGUUUCUUGAUCUUCUUCGAGCUCUCACUCCAAACCACUGUCUCAUUCGCUUCUCAAUACCUCGUUCGACAACUCAAUAAUUGGAAUUACUACUACGUUCCUCGAGAUGCUGCCUUGUCGGAGAAUCUGCUUCCAUUGCUUAUCCAGACAUUUCUACUCUACUUGUUCCCUUACAGCCUUCUAGACCUCCUCACCACCACCAUAAUAGUCUCCGCAUCUUGGAUUGUUCACACGUCCGAGGAGGAACCGUUAAGGUUCGGUCAAUUGGUUCGGAGAACCGUAGAGAUAUGUCAAAACAGACUUGAAGGUUGUCUGAUCACCUCUCUGUACAUCCUUCUGAUGUCAACCCCUGUUCUCUUUGGUUUCUUCUUUGUAGCAACGAACUAUUUCUACAUCAUUUCUCUGAUCGGAUUAGGAGACUACUCACACUACUAUUAUAUCGAUCUGGAUGAAGAUAGCGGAGGUUAUUACAGAAGCAGCCGCUUCGACGAUCCGGUAAGGAUGUUGUUUGAUGCAGUUAUGGCUAUGUUUCAUGGUGCUAUCUAUCUCGUUUUGCUGGCGAUGUUCAGCAAGUGGAGUGCGGGAUGGAACAUGGGUUUGGUUAUCUCGGUGUUAGAAGAAGAUCAAGAAGAAGGUCAAAACAUCUAUGGAACCGAUGCCCUGACGAUCUCUGCUAAAUAUGGAAAAGGACAUGAGAAGCGCGGUCUCCAAGUGAUGCUGGUGUUCUUGGUCUUCGCUAUUGCGAUGAGGAUGCCAUGUUUUUGCUUCAAAUGCACUGAGAGUUCGAAUGGACAUAGAGUGCUGUACACGAGUUUCUAUGUGGGUUUGAUCUGUGUUGGGAAUAUGAUCAAAUGGGUGGCUUGUGUAGUGUUUUAUGAAGAUUGUAGAGCCAAGGUUUUGGAGAAGAAAGGUGAUGUGGAGAUUGGAUCAAAAGCUAAGACUUUUGUUGCAUAGAUAAAUUGUCUUAGAUCAAACCAAAGCUCUCGAAUCUUAAACAAUUUCUACAUGACCAAUAGCGCCACUGCCCUCUUCAUCAAGCUUUCGUUAUAGUUGCUCCGUUUAUACCCUUAAGGUCAUAUUCCAUUUUAAUGUAUUGUUGUGUGAGACCUAUCAGUGUUCAUGGCUUGGCCAAGUAUUCAUUGAAAGUUGUUAUAUUAUUGAGUUGUGUUUGAUAUGAGAUUUUAAUGUACACUUAUACAAUGUAAAGUUUUUUUUUAUUA